ACGAUUGAUACGGUUGUAUGAAAACAACCAUUAUGAUUUUACCGAAACAUCCCCUUAAUUUUACUGAGAGGAAGGUACCAAGAUAUUCUGGUUUUUAAUUGUAUUGUUUAAUAUCAGUGCGAAAUUCCCCUAAAUUUCAGAUUUGCGCAUUCAGCUAAUCACUGUAAUUUAUUAUCAGGAUUUAUAAAGCCUCUGCUCUGUAGGUAGGAACAAAUUACGGAAAUGUUUAAAUUAUCUUGCUGCGGAUAUUUGAGAUUGGAUUUCCCGUGUAAUGUUAAUCUAGGGUUGAGUAUUGUUUUACUGUAACAAGACAAAUUCAAAGGCGGCUAUGGUUCGUUUCGAUUAUUUGCUGCUACAGUCAGACCAAGGUAAAUUGGCAGCGAUUUUGAGAGCCCAGACAGCGCAAGUGUUAUUUUAAACGUCAAACAUAUAUUAAAUUAUGACGUUUACUUAACACUUGCAUAGGUUGGGCUAUCAAAAUUGUUGCCAACUUAGCUUGGUCGGACUUUAUCUACUACUGGGCUAUUUAUUUACUUUGCUGACUUUAAAAAAUGAGGUGAUGAUGCUGUACUCAAGAAAUACAACACACCAGAGGAAUUUGAGUACUCAUGGAUGUGUUGCGUUAUAUGACGGCAUUUUGACCGUCACUAUACGAAAAUAAAAUUUUUUUUUUUCGCUCUUAAUGAUUUUAAAUCAAGACGGUAUAAUCACACGAAACUAGAUUUGACUAGAUGGCCAGUUUCGGCAAAAAAACCAUGUUUCGGCCUUUGUUUCGACUUCGGCCAAAAAACGGCCGAAUCUUUCAGCCGGGCCGAAACUUACGAAAUGGUACUUCUUACAAUGAAACUUAACUAUGUGACAAAGACCAAAAGUUGGGGAAGAAGUAUGAUAACAAUAUUAAUAUACUGAUUUAUGUAUACAGAAAUUAAUUGGUUUAUUAGAAAACAUAAUUCCCCUAAAGAGAGCGCCACUGGACGGUCGACGCAGUCUUAAUAUGUGUAGGUAUAAAAGAGGUUUUAUGGUUUUUUCUUUCAAAGAUUUUAACAUGUUUACAAAAGUUUCGGUUUCGGUUUCGGCCGAAACUAGUGCCAAACCCGAACCUUCGGCUUCUGUUUCAGCCGGACAGUAAAUAUACCCAAUCAGUUAAUAUUCAUUCUUUCCAAUGUUGAUAUUCGAACAUUCCUCAAUAUCUUGGAAGCUGUUAAAGAAUUCAACAACAAAAUUUCGCAUUUUCUAACAGUCAAUAUCUCAUUGUGCCAUACAGGGACUCUUAGUUCACAGCUGGAAGCGGCCAUGGGCACUCUCAAUUACUCUUUGGGUCACUUAUUCCCAGUCCGGAAAGUGUCUCCUUUGUUAUUGAAGUCUCAUAAAAGGUACACCCGACUGCCCAACUCCUUACACGACUGCAUCGAGAGGCCAGAACCGAGAACAUUCUACCGGCCAUUUAUCGUGCUUAUCCUGUUACUACCUCUGGUUUUCUACCUCUACCGCAUUAAUGGCUUGGAGUUCUCUCGGAUGAGUGCCGAUGGAAAGGUUGUUCUGGUGUUAAAUAAUACGCAUGUAGUAAAACAGACAAAGGGCCGUGGCGAUCCUAGCGCUAAAACCAUGGAAGUUUUUGAUAAAGAUACCAGUAUGAAUAGCUUUCCGGCGCUCACAAAUAAAACAGGUGAUGACCUCAACGACAGUAGUGAAGUAUUUGAGGAUGCAACUGAAGAUACCGGCUUGUAUAACUCUAUGACAAUAGGAAAUAAAACUGAUAUUUUACCACAUGGUCUGCCAGUAUGUGAGAUAAUGUCUGCGUAUACAAAAGCAAGCAACGUAUCAAUAAACUUCAAUGUGAGCCAGAAAGCGGCGUUCCUCCAGAUCCCUCGCGUCGAUAUGGGGGGCUACUACAAACCUACCCAAUGCCAGACGAGGCAUAGAAUUGCCAUCCUCGUUCCGUAUAGACAUCGGGAAGAAAAUUUGGCAAUAUUUCUCAUAAACAUCCACCAGUUCUUGAUGAAGCAACAGAUAGAAUACAGAAUAUUCAUUAUAGAACAAAGUGGAAAAGAGAAAUUCAAUAAAGGUCGACUGUUCAACGCCGGUUUCGACCAGGUCAAGGACUAUUGGGAGUGUUUCAUAUUUCACGACGUGGACCUAUUGCCGUUGGACCAUAGGAUCCUCUACACCUGUCCAAAGUAUCCCAGAUACAUGAGCACUCAGGUCUACAAAGGCGGCAAAAUCGUCAAGCUAACCGAAUUCUUUGGCGGUGUAACAGCAAUGAAAGACGACCAUUUCUUGGCUGCCAACGGCUACUCCAACAAGUUCUGGGGGUGGGGCGGCGAAGACAAUGACAUGUUUUGGAGGAUACGACUGGCGAAACUGCCUAUGAUGAAAUAUAAUAAGACAAUAGCGCGAUAUAUUAUGUUGCCACACGUGCCUUCAGAGAAGAAUCCUAAAAGGUAUGAAAUACUAAACAAGUAUUCAAAAUCGCGAGCGCACCAAAUAGAGGACGGGUUAUCGACAUUAAAGUACACAGUUGCAUUCAAUAAGCUGUAUCCUUUAUUCACGCAUAUUGUAGUGGACGUCAAUCCUUAUAAAGAUCCUGAUGAAUACAAUUUUAUUUUAUUUAAAUAUCCUUACAGUUAUCCGUUCCUUGUAGGAAGUUCGGGGAUUUUUUGUACGGAUUCGGUGGCAAACCAGCAUACGAUACGCUUUAUGGUAAGCAGCGCCGUUUUCUAUGGACGCUUGCAACUCCAGAGGUGUUGCGUGCGUGUUGUCGACCGUAUAAAAACCUGUAGGUAGGUGUAUCCUUUUUUGAAUAAAAUCGAUACUGUAUAGGUAAUAUAGGUAUCCCUAGGGAGUAAUCGCUUUUUUUUCACAAUCCAUAACUCGCGCGGGAACAAUAAAGGCUAUUGUCCUUCAGUACACAUGCAUGAAAUAAGACCUUUUUCAAGCAAGUGUGAUGAAAAUGAAAUCUGAACACGGCUCUAUUAUCAAGGCGUUAGAGUACGUGUUUGGAUAUUUCUGAGCACCUCGGUCGCUCCGCUAUAUCUGAUGGCGACUGUACAACAGUGGCUCCAACAAACCUGUUACUUAUAGCACAGAAUACUAUUAUAGUUAAGUAGGUACCGCGUACAGAAUCCUCACUGUCUAACAAAACCGACGAUUGAAACAAACUCUAGCGCAUGAGAACCUACCUACAGAACAGAUGUGCAAGUUGCAGAAGGAUUCCAAAAAGUUGCAGAAGUUUUCGGAAAUUACAGCGAAAUCAAAUGAGAAGUUAUCCGAAAUUUUUUCAUGUGGAAAUUUUCCAAUUUUGGAAACUUAGAAUCUUACCGACUGCGCAUCAGUAUUAGGAUGCAUGAAGUUUUAUCUUUGUUAUCAAUUCUCAAGUAAUUGUGGAGAAUUUUCUGUAACAUUUAUUUAUGC